CGCUGUCAGAGCGUUUCUGGGUCUGCAGGCUGACACCAUGAUUCAGGCUCUGCUCCUCCUGCUGCUGCAGCUCGUGUACGUUUUCGGGUGUGGUACACCUGCUGUGCGUCCUGACACCGGCAGGGUGGUGAACGGACAGGAUGCUCGCCCUCACAGCUGGCCCUGGCAGAUCUCUCUGCAGGUGAAGCACGGCAGCCGUUACCAUCACACGUGUGGAGGCACUCUGGUUGGCCCUCGCUGGGUGCUGACUGCCGGACACUGCAUCUGGCCUGGAGACGUGUACCGCGUGGUCCUGGGAGAGCACAGCAUGAGUCAGCAGGAGGGCACCGAGCAGAUCAGAGAUGUUCUCCGGAUCGUUGUGCACCCUCAGUGGGACAUCGACUUUGUGGCUGAUGGAAACGACCUGGCCCUGCUGAAGUUGGAUAAAAGCCCCAUCAUGACCGACAGCGUCAGCGUGGCUUGUCUCCCUCAGGCUGGAGAGAUCCCGGCUCAUGGAGAGGCCUGCUACAUCUCCGGCUGGGGAAACCUUUACACUCACGGCCCCAUGCCUGAUAAGCUGCAGCAGGCCCUGCUCCCUGUGGUCGACUACAGCGUGUGCAGCCAAAAGGACUGGUGGGGCAUCAACGUCAAACCCACCAUGAUCUGUGCUGGAGGAGACAUCGUGUCAGGAUGCAACGGAGACUCUGGCGGUCCUCUCAACUGUCUGGGUGAGGAUGGUAGGUGGUACGUUCAGGGUGUCACCAGCUUCGUCUCCUCCAGUACCUGCAAUGAGGUGAAGAAGCCAACCGUGUUCACCCGUACCUCCGCCUUCACCGACUGGCUCAGUGAGGUCAUGCUGAAAUACUGAGGAUCUGCUCCACACUGACAGACCAUCUCAGACAAAUAAUGAUCCCCAAAGUCUCUCUGUUUGUUUUUUAAAGUUUAACUUUAAGCAAACGCUGAACAAAAUGUCUCUGAAAAACAUUCCAGUAAAAGAGGGUCAUGGUUCUCCAACCACUGUCCCACAGUUACAUCCA